AUGGCUGAAUUUGACUAUAUUAUUGUCGGCGCUGGCAGCGCUGGAUGUGUCCUCGCCAACCGUCUGACAGAGGACGGAAAAUCGACUGUCCUGCUACUGGAAGCCGGCGGAAAAGACACGUCGAUGAUGAUCCACAUCCCCGUCGGCUAUGCCCAGACGCUAAAGGAUCCAAAAGUCAAUUGGAUGUACGAAACCGAGCCUGACCCUGGAACCAAUGACCGCGUCCACACCUGGCCGCGCGGGAAAGUGCUGGGCGGCUCAUCUUCGAUCAACGGCCUGCUCUACAUUCGAGGCCAACGUCAGGAUUAUGAUGGCUGGCGGCAAAUGGGCCUGCGUGGUUGGUCUUAUGAUGAUCUCCACCCCUAUUUCCUGCGCAGUCAGAACCAGGAACGAAGUGGCAUGGAUGGUCAUGCCAAAGGCGGCCCGCUCAACGUCUCGGACGUGACUGAACCGCAUCCCGUCUCGGAUGCCGUGAUUGAGGCUGGCAAAGCCAUGGGCCUGCCGCACCGCGAUGUGAAUGGCGAAGAUCAGGAAGGGGUUUGCUAUUAUCAGUUGACCGUCAAGAAUGGCCGCUUUGCCACACGCGCUAUUCAUCACGGCUAUGAUCCGCUCAGCGCUGACGGGGCACUGACCCCGCCGCUGCAUCUCACGUCAACCUUCGCUUUCGAAACCGCCGAACAAGGCGGCGCACGGUUUGCGGGCGAGGCACCCGGGCAUAUUUACUCGCGCAUCUCGAACCCGACGACUGAUUUGCUGGAACAACGCAUGGCCUCUCUCGAAGGCGCUGAAGCGGCUGUCGCGAUGGCCUCUGGCAUGGGGGCGAUCACGUCAGUCUUGUGGAGCUUUCUGCAAGCUGGAGACGAGUUGAUCACUGACAAAACCUUGUAUGGUUGCACCUUCUCUUUCUUUCAGCACGGCCUCAGCCGGUUUGGGGCAGUCGCAGAAAUGCUGUCGGCGCAUAGCCAAGUGGCGGCUGUAUUCUAUCCCGGCCUCGAAAGCUUUCCGCAGCAUGAGCUCGCCAAGCGGCAAAUGCAUGGCUUUGGCGGCAUGAUCGCAUUUGAACUGACAGGCGGGUAUGCGGCCGGCAUCGAUAUGAUGAACCGUCUACAGCUGAUCCGCCGCGCCGUGAGCCUCGGCGAUGCUGAGACACUGAUCCAGCAUCCGGCAAGCAUGACUCACUCAACCUAUUCUCGCGAAGAACGCGAAGCGCACGGCAUCAGCGAGGGCCUGGUUCGGAUAUCCGUAGGGCUCGAAGACGUAUCUGACGUGAUGGCAGAUCUGCAUCAGGCUCUGGGUUCAAAUCAAGUGGUCGCAGCCUAA